GGUGUUUCACCUUUCUUUUUCAACCUCUCUUGCCUACGGUUUUUCGUUCUACCAACUUUACCUUUCUGUUCUCUAUCCCUCUGUUUCUCUGAACGAGUGAAUUUCAACUCUGACCCCUGAAAUUAUCAAGUUCCUUGCGCGUUCAUUGUGGAUCGUAGAGAAGAGUAGAAGCUUAGCACAUAAUCAAACAUUUUGAAGAGAUUGCAAGAAGAGGGUGGCAUAGGUGAGGAAGACAUGGGUGAUGCAACGCUGUGACCAUUAUUUCAGUCUGCAGAAACAACCCAAGUGGGAUCUGAGUUUCGUGUUCUAAAACAAGCUUGCUAAUCCAGCUGCUGCAAUUUACAUCGUGCAUUUUAUAUUCCUCGGUUUGUUUGAAUUCUUUGAAGCCUCCAUGGAAGUUGUUCCCAGUGUGUUAAACAUCAUAGGCUCGUGUUGCUCAUUGCAUGAAGUCGUUAGAACAAAGCAUAAACACUUGAGAACACUCAAAAGGAGUAUUCGGCAGAUGAAUAAUUUGAUGCAAAGGCUGGAUGCUCAUGAAAGGGAUGUUGAACAUGAAAUAAACCAAUUGCGGGCGGAAUCAACAAAUGUGUGUAGUACAUGGCGUGAGCAAGUUGGUCAGGUAAGAAGUGAAGUGCGCAAUCUCAUGGAUGAAAAUGGCCGGCUUAGACAAACUAAAUGGUUCAGUUUUAUUUGUUCAAGAAUCAAGUUAGGGGAACUUGUUGAGGAGAAGAUCCGAGAUAUUCGUGAACUUAUAGAGACUGUUCCAGAUUUAAAGGAUGUUGCUAUUCCUGUAGGCAAAAGAGGUGAUAUUUUGUCUGCAACGCCAAUGAUGGGAUGCGAAACACACAAGCAAAUAUUUAUGAAGAUCCGGGGAUUCUUGUCUGAUGAGAAUGUUAGAAGGAUUGGUAUUUGUGGUUUGGGAGGAGCCGGUAAAACAACUAUUAUGUCAGAAAUUAACAAUCACCUGUUGAAUAAUAGCAAUGAGUUUAACUGCAUUAUUUGGGCGGAAGCAUCAAAGGAUCUAGAGAAGUUGCAACAGAUAUAG